ACCAUGUCUACAAAACACUAACGAAGAUAAACAUCUCUUCCUUCUCCUCCUCUUCUUUCUAAUUCAACUGUCAUCUCCCUCCUUUCUUCAUCCACCCAUUUCUCCUCCUCCUCUUCUAUCGUCUCAACAUGAGCCCGGUGUCGCGAGAGAUAAAUGGCUCCCGCCCUGCCCCGCUGAAGAUCCACAAGGACUCCCACCUCAUCUACAAGUCUUCCUCCUCCUCCACGAUCACCACCUCCUCUUACCAGCAGCAGCGCCACCACCCGGUCAUCAUCUACACCCACUCGCCCAAGGUUAUCCACACGCAGGCUCGAGACUUCAUGGCGCUCGUCCAGAAGCUUACCGGCCUCUCCCACUCCGCUGACGACGAUGAGUCGUCCUCCCUCCCUCCUGCACCCCCGCCGUCGAACGUCUCGCGCACAUACAAGGACAACAAGCCACCUGCUGCGCCUGUCUGCGACGACUCUUCCUCCUCAUCGGAGAACAGCAGCUUUGGGGGCGACGUGCAUGUCAGCUGUUCGUCGUUGACUAAUGCCGGUGGCAUAUCUCCGAUCGCCUUUGAGCAGGUCGCACCACCGAAUCCUUUCCUGUCGGAGGGCCCUUUGUUCACCCCCAACUCCUCCGAUUUCUUCUGCUCAUCGAGGUCAUUCUACAGAUACCCAGAUUCUUCGUUGUUUUCUCCGUCCGUUCCCAACAUGGACAACGCCAUCUCGUCCUCCAUCAUGGACACGAUGAAGACGUACCAGGAGUACUAAUGAUAUCUUCGCGAAUGCCAAUAAGGAGUGUGAGACGAUUAUUGUUUUAGAUCAUUUUUUCCCCUUCUUUUUUAUUCGUUCAUUCGUCCAGCUCAGGCAGCUGAUCAAGCUUGCCUAAUGUUGUUAAUAAAGAAGAGAAUUAGAUUAGACUCCCCUUAAUUUGA